CCUUCUCCAGUUCCCUCCGGCUUAGCUCCUCCUGCCCCCGGCGGUGGCGCCCUCAGCACCGAGGCUGUAUGAUCAGGCUACAGUCUUCAAUGAGUAACCAUAUUCCUCAGUUCUGUGGUGUUCUCGGUCACACAUUUAUGGAGUUUCUGAAGGGCAGUGGAGACUACUGCCAGGCACAGCACGACCUUUAUGCAGACAAGUGAACUGUAGAAAUUGAUUACUGCUCCACCAAGAAGCCCCCUUAAAGAGUGGUUACCACAAUAAGCAGAAGUAUUGGAUUGAAAUUGGCAGCGCAUUUUACAAAGGAGUUCUGACCUGGAUGGGGUAACCUCAGUGCACUGCCUUUCUUUUUUGCCUCAGUAUUACAAGAUUGAAGAUUUGCUGCUUCUUGUUUAGGAGGUUCAUUUCAUUCCCUUUUCCUCCCAACUUCAUAUUUGUUGGCACUGGAAACUUUUAGUGGCUUUUUGUGAAGUAGAUUUUAAUUUCUCCGUUAAUCAGUUAGGUUUUUUUUUUUUUAAAAAAAGAAACUGUCAGUCAUUGCACAUUUUAACUAAAUUAAACCAUGGCCCGAAUGAACCGCCCAGCUCCUGUGGAAAUCACCUACAAGAACAUGAGAUUCCUUAUCACUCACAAUCCAACCAAUGCAACUUUAAACAAGUUCAUAGAGGAACUUAAGAAGUAUGGAGUAACUACAAUAGUAAGAGUAUGUGAAGCCACUUAUGACACUGCUCCAUUAGAAAAAGAAGGCAUUCAGGUUUUGGACUGGCCUUUUGAUGAUGGAGCACCACCAUCUCUUCAGAUUGUUGAUGAUUGGCUAAAUCUUCUGAAAGUUAAAUUUCGUGAAGAGCCUGGCUGUUGCAUUGCUGUACACUGUGUUGCUGGUCUUGGAAGAGCACCUGUGCUGGUUGCCCUUGCACUUAUUGAAUGUGGAAUGAAGUAUGAGGAUGCAGUGCAGUUUAUAAGACAGAAGCGACGUGGAGCUUUUAACAGCAAGCAGCUUCUCUAUUUGGAGAAAUAUCGUCCCAAAAUGCGUCUCCGUUUUAAAGAUUCAAAUGGUCAUCGUAACAACUGUUGUAUUCAGUAAAAGCAAAGCUGCUUUGAUUUGCUGCUUUGGAAGACUAAAACUAGAAUUGGGCAGGUUACAUGGGAAAACUACAUGUAUGUCUAACUAGAUUACAUGAAGCUUCUAUAGGUAUAGGCCACAAUGUUGGCAGGGGAGCAACUUUGUUUAGAUGAUCUGUUUAGAUAACAAAUGUACAUGGCCUUUUAAAAUGUCUUACUGUAUGUAUCAUUAAAUUAUCCUUAAUCAUGUAGUUCAGUUUUUUUUUCUUGAAGUCCCAAUAGUUAUAUCUAUCAGAACAUGUAUAGAGAUUAGGUGCCAAAUGCCCAAUACACUAUUUCUGUAUACCACCGUGUAAUAACCCAGUAACUACAACUAUAUGGACCUUUGCCCUCUUCCUAACUAUCUUCUGAUUUGGUGGAUAGGGCUUCAUAGAAUAAUCUGCCUAUUCACUGUUUGUCUCCCACAGUCGCACUAUGAUGAUAUCAGGAUUUGCACACAAUUUACUGACUUAGUCAGUUUUGGUGUCUAAACUUUUAUUACUUAAACCCUCUUUCACAAAACAUUCUCUGGUUCUUAAUGGAAAAGUAAUAUGUCACGCUGUACAGAAGCACACAAGUCUUUAAUGACUCCAGACAAAAAGCCUUACAGUUAAAUAUAUAUUGGCACUUAAUGUGCAACUUUAGUAGAAGGCCUAUAAAAGAAUGGGAGGGGACUAAUUAAUAUUUCUAGUAAAAUGUUGCCUUUUGUCUUGUGCAGGAAGUAUAGAAUAUGCUCUUUACUUUAGUAAAUAUUUUUUUAAUGUAGAAAUGCUUUAUUGUAGCUGAAAAUUCUUAAUCAUAUUUCUGAAGAUCUUGUAAUUUCUUUUAAUGUACUUAUUGGAAGUUUGUUUAUCAACUAUUGCUUUGUUGAAGGUGAUUUUGUUUUUUCUUGAGUUUCUGCCAUGAAUUUGGUGGAUCUCUGUAAUAUUUUGUAUGCCUUUUGAGCUGCGUAACUUAAUAUUUGGAUACUUGAUAAUUUGUUAUGUAAUUGAUAAAAUGGUGGUGUGUAUUAAUGUUCAACCAUAUAUUUAUACUGUCUUGGGAAUGUGUGGUUAUAGUACUGUGGGAGAAAUAAUUUGCCAGUGUUCACCAGCUUGUAAAAUUUAGUGCGAGAGCUCAAAUAUCUAAAUAAAGUCAAACCUGCAUUGCAA